AUGCAAAGUUAUUAUAGAUUAGCGUCUCUCGUGUCAAGAUCAACUCUUUUAAAGCCAAAAACAACCACUUCUUCACUCUGUCAGUUCAGAUCACUAACCAAAGCGACGACUGAGAGUACAAAGCAGCUUUCUAAUCGUCAAAAGUUUAAGCAGCUUCAACCAUCACCUAGACUGUAUGAGAAGCUUGAAAACUUGGGAUUUGGAGCUUUGUUAAGAACAAAGCGUUAUGCUGCAGUUUAUAAACAAAAAGAAAGGAAAAAGCAGGAAAAGGGUGAUGUUGUGCCUGAAACAAAAUACUCGCUUCCUCUAUUAUCGUUUUUUGCUGGAGCAAAAGUUCCUUCAUCUAUUCCUCCAGAGUCUCUUGAUGAAAUAGCCUUUGUUGGAAGGUCAAAUGUCGGCAAAUCGAGUUUAUUAAACAGUUUGGCAGAAACAACUAUUGUGCGUACAUCAGAUAAGCCAGGACUUACACAACAGUUGAAUUUCUUUAAUGUUGGUAAAUUAUUUCACAUGGUUGAUAUGCCAGGUUAUGGCUUUGCUUUUGCAAAUGAGGAAGAUCGAGUAAAAUGGAGGGAUCUGAUGGAAACAUAUAUUUCUACUAGAAAGACUCUUAAGCGCGUGUUUGUUGUCAUUGAUGCUAGACAUGGUUUAAAAGUCGCCGACAAAGAGUUCCUCAACAUGCUAAACAGUAAACGUGUGAAAUUCCAGAUUGUCUUGACAAAGUGUGACCUUGUCGUUUUACCAGACCUUGCAAGACGAAUUAUGGUUGUGGAAGACGAUAUAAAGCAAAUGCGUAAUGCUGUCAAGAGUGUUGUAGUUGUCAGCUCUAAAACAUCUGCAGGCAUAAAUCAGUUUAGAAAAGAGAUUUUAUUCUUGAUGAACCAUCUUAAGCCUAGGGAAUUUUAUGAAGCUAUUGAAGAAAAGAAGCUUGAAAAACAAACAAAAAAGAAAAGUGACAAACGCUAA